UGCGAUAUUACGCAUCUCGACGUGUCCUGCGCUCUUCUUUAAUAUUCUGUUAAACUGUACCUCACUUUCAGCAUCUAUAGUUGUGUAGUCUUUUUUUUAUUUGUAGUCUUCAUCUAAUCUUCAUCGCUAUAUGUGUGUCGGUUUCAGAGAGUUUUUGGUCGUGAAUUCUUAGGGCGUCACACAUCAUGAAAAUUCCUUUGCUCGUUUUUGCAUCUUUAGUAACCAACGUUCUUUAGGUCCACUGCACUGGAGGCUUGCCACCUGCACCACAACCACACCAUUAUAUCCAAACUCCAGUCCUCGGGACUCCCCUUCCAGAAUGUUUUAGAUGUGUAUUAAUUUGGAACACUCAACUCAUCAGCUGGUUACUGUGUUAAUUGUGGAGACUAAUUAUCGCAACUAACUAACAUUCAGAGAGAGAGCUUAUGAGUUUAAAACAUGACUUAUUCUAGUAGUUUUAUCUGUUUAAGUAUGUUUGAUCUCUUACUGUUUGUGUCUGCAGGUGUGUUUGGUGAGAUAGUGUCAGUGAAUGAUGGAGGAUCUGUUACUCUACACACUCAUCUUACUGAACUACAGACAGAUGAUGUGAUUGUGUGGUAUUUUAUGGGCGUUCUCAUAGCUAGAAUCAACAGAGAGGUCAACAGUGAUCCAGUUUAUGACCCUGAUGUGAGAUUUACUGACAGACUGAAGAUGAACAAUCAGACUGGAGAUCUCACCAUCACAAACAUCACAUCUGAACUCACUGGACUUUAUCAACUAGACAUCACCAGUAAAGAGAGCAAAACGGAGACGUUCAGUGUCAGUUUGUCUCGUAAAAUGAAGAUGGUGAAAGAGAGAGAUUAUGUCUCUCUACACAUUGAUGUUCCUGAAGAACAGAGAAAUGAGAAGAUACACUGGAAGAUCAAACACAACAACUCUCUUGUAGCUGAAAUCAUUACAGAGAAUGGAAAGAUCUCAACACCUUUUAUUGAAGAGAGAUUCAGAGACAGACUGAAGCUGGAUGAUCAGACUGGAGAUCUCAUCAUCACACACAUGAAGAAUGAAGACUCUGGACAGUAUGAAGCAGAUGUCACCAUCGGACACACACACACUAUACACAAGACAUUCAGUUUCACUGACUCAGCUGGAGGUCUCUCUUCAGGUGCUAUAGCAGGGAUAUGUGUUGGUCUUCUGCUGGUUAUCGCUGCUGCUGUUGCUGGUGUGUUUUACCGUCGUCAUAGAUUGUCUAGAUCAGGAAUGGUCUAGAUCAAGAGGGUCCCAACAGGGCAGAAGACAUGAAUGAGAAAUCUUAAAGACUUGGUAGAUAAUGCCCACUGCUACGAUUUGAUAACAGUACUCAUGGACACGUACUGUAGGUUACACAUAAUCAGGGCACAUCAAGCGAUCUCGAACGAAGCAAUAUUGAUGCAUGGUACAAAUAUCUUUCACUCGCACAAGAUUGCUGCGCCAUUCCUCUGGGAUCCAACAUUGAUCGCACUGCAUUGCUUUUUAUUCUCAGUCUCUGGAAAUCCAGCAUUAAGAUGUGCCUUGUUUACAAAGGAAUCAACGUGAAAUGAAAUGAACAAGUUAAAAUCGACAUCUUAAAAAGUACGCAAACUGAACGCAUUAACAGUCGAUUUGGAAAAAUAGAAGCUCUACUUAAAAGUGGCAGUACAUUUAUACAUACAUAUACAUUUACGCUCUUUGAACGUAACAUAACCACUGAAGCGGUAUAUAGCAUGGCAGGAACAUGAAGGAAACAUGCAAUAAAAGGAAUAUAUAUACAAGAAAAUAUGAAGUGGAAAACAACACGUGUGCAUUAAUUUAUAGAUAUUAGGGGUGGCACGGUUCACAAAACCCUCAGUUCGGUUCUGUACAGUUCUUGUUGUUAUUUUUUCUUUUAAUCUUUAACACAACAUAUGAUAUAUAGCUGAAUUUAGGAUACAGUAUUAACAUUUUUGUAAUCAUGCACUAACUGAAUUUUACUUGACUUCAAACACAUUAUUGGGACCAUCUCUGACUAAAAGCUAUGUGAGAUUUUGAUACAGCAAGAGAGAAGACAUUGAUGAUGACAUGCUUCUCCUUUAUUUGGAAAAAUAAAAAAGUUGUUCCGUCGUGAA